GGUACCCUUUCGGCAGCAGUGCGUUACAGGAACGGUUAGGUUUAUUCUGCCACCCGGCCAGGCAUUAGCAGGCACGUACAAUCACCCUCUUAGAUAUCCAAUCCAACCGGCAGCGAGUAUGUUCCGUUCAUUGGCCGUGCGACGAACGACUAUAGUGCGCACCAGCAGAUCUCGGCUAGUGGCCGUGGUGUCUCCCUAUCCGAUCUUUUACCUGUUUCUGUUGCUGCGAGCUGGCAGUGGUGCGAAGCUAUCACCGACGACCAACACCCGACAGGUGGAGCAGCGAUUUGCGAUGGAGCCACAGGACCAGACGGCAAUAGUCGGUUCGAGAGUAACGCUACCCUGUCGGGUAGUCAACAAGUCGGGCCAAUUGCAGUGGACCAAAGAUGACUUCGGGUUAGGUACGCACAGGAAUUUGAGUGGAUUUGAACGCUACACAAUGGUAGGCAGUGAUGAGGAGGGUGACUUCUCCCUGGAUAUCUCGCCGGUAAUGUUGGACGACGACGCCAGAUAUCAAUGUCAAGUAGGACCUGGAAGAGGAGGAACACCCGGAAUUCGAUCGAGAUUUGCCAAGCUUACCGUGUUAGUACCACCGGAAGCACCGAAGAUCGUCCAGGGUGACUUUAUGGUUACGACGGAGGAUCGCGAGAUUGAGCUGGAGUGUGUAUCGGUCGGUGGUAAACCGGCCGCCGAAAUAACCUGGAUCGAUGGGUUGGGCAAUGUCCUAACCAAGGGCAUCGAGUACAUGAAGGAACCGUUGCGCGAUGCGCGUCGCUUCACCGCCAAAUCGAUACUGAAGCUUACACCGAAGAAGGAACACCACAACACCACAUUCACCUGUCAGGCACAGAAUACAGCCGAUCGGACGUACCGUUCGGUGCGGUUGAAGCUGGAGGUGAAGUAUGCGCCGAAGGUGAAAAUAGCUGUGAUAGGCGGUGCACUCAACGGGGGCCGUAUACUCGAAGGUACGGAGGUACGGUUGUCCUGCCGUGCCGAUGCUAACCCACCAGAUGUAACCUUCCGUUGGUAUGUUGGUGAAGAGCUGUCCGAAGCUAACCAUGCAUCAGAAUUGCUCAUUGCCAACAUUUCGCGACGAUAUCAUGGCACUACCGUCAGGUGCGAGGUGCGUAACGCAGUCGGCAAAAGUGAGGAGAGCGUAACGCUAGAUAUUAGCUACGGACCCAGCUUUCGCGUUCUGCCACAGUCGGUCGAAGCCGAUCAAGAUGCUACCGUAACGCUCAGCUGUGAUAUCGAUGGUAACCCACCGCCGGAUGUACUCUGGAUACACGAACCUGCCGAUCAGGUUGUAUCGAGCGCUAGUAACGUAACGCUUGUCGUUACAUCCGCCACAGCCGGUCGCUACUAUUGCAAAGCGAGCGUUCAAGGAUUCGCCGAGAUAGAAGCAGAAGCGACCGUCUAUCUCCGUGGGCCACCAGAGAUUAACUCACCGCGUGAACAGUACGGUGCCGUUCAUGACAGUGCCCAGCUCGAGUGUGUUGCACUCUCGAUUCCAAAGCCCCGUCAUGUACUGUGGUCGUUCAACGGGCGUGAGAUUAACGUCAGCGCUGAACCGAGCGCUGCCGAGUACCGGGCACUGGACAGUCCCAUCCCGAACGGUGUCCGAUCUACGCUUAUCAUUCACCACUGUCAACGGGAACAUUUUGGACGUUACAACUGUACUGUCAUUAAUGAUUACGGUAUUGACUUUCUGGAAAUUGACUUCGUCUCCAAAGAACAAAAUUUGUUACCAGUUAUCGUUUUGGGCUCUCUUGGAGGGAUCACAUUUUUAAUCAUUGUCAUUGUAAUAGGCAUAUGUUUGUGCAGCCGUCGUAAUAAGAAGAAGCAUCUUCCUCCUGCUGAUGUCAUACCGAAGUAUGAUGUGCCGGGUAAGGAUUGUGGUGAGCAUGGAGGUACGACGGUUAGUACCGAGCAUAAAAUAGACCGUAUCGACGACAUGCUGGAUGGGGAGCAUCCGCGUGAUACCAUCACGACAAACAUUGCACUGAACGUGCGCUCGGCAGCUGCGCCACAAACCGGUCCCGGUGCCAUCAGUUCGUCGCUGACAGCGCUCAAGGGUGAUACAACCACCGACUACAGCCGCUACUCCGGUGACUUUUCCGACUCGUUGAGUCACCUCCAGUGUCAGAAGGCUACCGGGCCGGGCGGGGGAGUUGGUAGCGGCAACAACAACGGAUACGUCCCGUACGUAAACUAUGCCCGUGACUAUAGCCCGCCGACGCAACAUCUGAUGCAGUUUAAGGCGAGCAGCAGUAGCAACAGCAUUGGCAACACGCUCACCGGGAAACCACCGGCCAAGCCACCGAACGGUCAGCUACCGACCGGCACGAUGACACUGUCGCGUAAGCGUACCCCCGCACCGGAUCUUACCCGACCGGCCGAAACCGGACUGCCCAGCAUCCAGAGCAGCGUGUCCUCCAUCCCGAACGGAUUAAUGAAUCAUCCCAUGCUCGGUUGUCACAUCGGGCUGGAUACGAGAUUCGGUGCCAACUACGGUACACUGCACGGACGCGGCAGCAGCAGCCCAAUGCAACUACCACCACCGGCGACGGCAAAUCCUGCGGCGACUCCAGCGCCACCACCGUACAGUGCAACGCGCAACCAGAACUGUCUGCUCGGGCUGGGACUUCCACCGGCACCAGGUGGCACAUCGUGCAGUUUGGCCAGCAGCGCUAACAACUCGACCAUGCUGGCGACCGGUUCCAGCAGUCCGAGCUCAACCCAGUCCGGUUCACUAUCGCUCGCCAGCUCGCAACUCUCGCAAGCACCAUCCAUACCGGGUACGGGAGCGAUCAUCGCUUCAGGGCAACCGCAGGCUCAGCAGCAGCAACAGCAGCAGCAACCGAACAGCCCCCCAGGACAGUUUAUUCUUCCUUCCAGCAACACCAUCAAACCAGGCGUGCUGGCGACACACGUGUAAUGCGUACAUCUGCGCAAGGUGUGUACAUCGGCCAGAUGCAAUGCGGUCGCUUCGAUACUUGUCAAUUCAGUUUUAACACAACCCAUUCUCCUGAUAGUAGGGUAGCUAAUCCUCGUAUAAACUAAGAACUGAGCUUUACUUACUGAUCAACACCUCAUCGAAUGGAGAGUCACGCGCGAUGACGGCAAUGACUCCCCAUUUUGCCAGGACAUACGAGCGUGCAAGUGUACAAUCUUCUGCAAGAGGCAACUCUGAAGAUACUGGAUACCGAAUACUGCAUCGGCUCAUUAGAGUUCUGAUUUUAACUCCACACUCCAGUAUCGAGUUCACGCUCGAUAUCCGUCAGUAGUUCUUGUCCCUUCAUCGCGAGACUCACAACUCGAUAGCAGAGACUCAAACAUUCGACCGUAAACAUUUCUAAUCUCGUGCAACCCAACACAUAUCCAAAAAAACGCUGAUAAGAUUAUAGCCUGAUCUACGUGAAUGCAAAAAGGUAACAAAAAAAAAGAAAGUAAAAAAAACAUUCUAGCAUUAAUUAACCGCGCCACCGGUCGGUACGGUCGGUACGGAAUUGUUAAUAUAUAGUCAAUACUAUACUAUAUCGUUAUCAUAAGCGCUUGAGCUAAAAGGUAAGAUUCUAUCGUGCUAGUGUAAUGUCGAUAAUUGCCAUCGCUUUCGGUUCGGUUCCGUUUUCCAUUCGCAUCCUGCCCACCCCCCCGGGGGGGUGGGGACUAUCGCACACAUACACAUCAAACCACCUGACUAAAGCACGAAUAAGUGUGGCCUUGUUCGAUGUUGUCCGCCUCCAUACGUUCGUGCAAAACGUUGCAAAUGCCCAUUCUUCAAGGAAGUAUUCAAGCUCUUGGCACCGUUAAUGCUGUUUUUUUGUUGUUGUGUUGUAAAGAUUUUACCCAAAAAAAAAAAAUUAAAAAAAACGUACAGAAAUCCGGUUACGGUUUUCCAACUUCGAACCACUAACUGCUCAACCGUGCACUGCUGUACGCUUGUACCAUGUACCGUUCGCUAAAAAGGUUAGCUUUAUAGAUUUACAAUCAAACAAAAGGUUGUUUGGGCCGCGAACCCGGUGGCCAGCUGUAGUUGUCGGUUUGGAUGGAAUCCACUUCCAGUAGCAGCCUAACUCCUGUGCCACAUCUCAUAUCAAGUCUCAUAUCAUAACUCCCAUUUUGAACAAAAAAAAGUGUAUUACCGUGAAGUUAAAACCAUUGGCCGCCAUCUUGUUUGCGAAAAUAUAUGUCACUCCCGAACGGUGAUGACUUGUGUAUGAGUGUGAACGAAAAAAAAAAUGCAAAAGAAAGAAGAAGAUAAAAAAAAGAACACUCGUAAGUAUAUCCGGCUUUAAGGAUGCAACUUGUUGUACCAUAUCUUGACAUAGGAACCAACUAAAAAAAACAAAACAUCGAAAUUUUAGUUGUUUUAGACAACAAUUUUCCAAGAAACUUUUAAUAUUUCAUUUUUUUUAUUGAGCGCUUAGAUUGAGCGCUAAGAUGCAGCCGGAAACAUUUCCACAGUUAAGCAUUGAAGGUGAUAGAUCAAUGACAAACCAUGCACAAACGUUUUAUUAGAAAAGUUCAUUCUUGAAAGGAAAAAGGCCAUCUAGUCAGAUUACCCAACAAAAAAUAUCAAUCAAUAUCCCUUUUGUCGAUUUUGAUUUUUUUUCUCCUUCUUUUGAAGUGAAUAAUUAUCCUAGAAAAUCUAACAAACCAGCAAAAAACCUAAUGGCCGACUACGAAUAACAACGACAAAAUGGGCGUUGCAAAACUUCAGCGAUAAAUUUGAACAUAUUUCUCGUGCAACGAACUUUAUUCGAAAGGAACUUUCACUUUAAAAAGAACCGGUGGCAGCCAUUUUAAAACUGAACACAAACUAGCAAAAUACACUUUUCGGCACUAGCAAAAGCAACGAAAGCAUCCAAAAAAUGAGCUGGUGUCCGAUGAAGUUUGGCCUGUUUGUUACGAAAAACAAAAGCUUCAGUACAAGCGCUAGUAAGGAACGGCCAUUUUCCAACGAUUAAAGUGUCUGCCUGUGAGACUGUGCAACACUGUCCAACACAGUCCAUACUUAACACCUGAAAUGUGUUCCCCUUCCCCUUUGUCAAACCGAUCACAUCCACUGGAAAUGGUGGAGUGUACAACUGCUGAGUGUAUUUUGAUAGUGAAAGUAAAAACAAAGCAAACAAAAUAAUCAGUAAAAAACCAAAUCAUCCAUUUUUAAAAUCACCGCCAUUUAUUCUACCCUGCCCUUUUCUCUCACGUUCUCUUACAUCGCGCCUAAUACACUUUACUAAACAUUAAAAAAAAAAACAACAACAACUUUAUCCCAUCCCAUGCUGAUUCAUUAUUAGGGAGAAGAAACAAAAAAAGAAAACAAAAAGAAAGGUUGUCCAAAUGAAUGUUUUGGUCAGCAGUGAAAUAAGCUAAAAGAGAUAGAUAGAAAGAAAGGAAGAGAGAAACAAAAAGAGAGAAAAAGAUAUAUAGAAAUACAGACAGAAAAAGAGAGAAAGAGAGAAAAUAAAUUAAUAAAAAAACAGAUACAAAAAAAAACAUACAAAAUCCCAUUUACUGUAUAAGCGAAUGUCUAGAUAACGAA